CCCGGCCGCCCGCGCGCGGCUCCCGGGCCCGGCGGCGGGCGCGGCGCGGGCGGCAGCAUGGUGGAGAAGCGCUGCCCGUUGCAGAGGGACGGCGUGUACCGCUGGUUCUCCGAACUGCCGUCGCCGCAACGCGUGGAGUUCCUCUGCGGCCUGCUGGACCUGUGCAUCCCUCUCGAGUUGCGCUUCCUCGGCUCGUGCCUGGAGGACCUGGCACGCAAGGACUACCAUUCGCUGCGCGACUCAGAGAUUAAGGCCAACAACCCGGCGGACCUUGGCAGCCUCACCAACCUGACAGACGAGGUGGUGCGUAGCAAGCUGCUGGUGUCGCUGGCGCUGCUGGGCUCGGAGCAGCGCGAGGCAGCGGGCGUGUUGUACCGCACGCUCACGCACACCGACUCCAUCAUUCACAACUACGGGCUGCAGCUCAACGAAGGACGCACGGGCGAUGAGUUCCUUCUACUCUUCACCAUGGCAUCCAACCAUCCGGCCUUCAGCUUCCAUCAGAAGCAGGUGCUGCGCCAGGAGCUCACGCAGAUCCAGAGCAGCCUAAACGGCGGCGGCGGCGGCAAGAGCGCGCCCGGGCCCGGCGGCGCUCUGCCCACCUGCUCAGCCUGCCACAAGAUGGCGCCCAGAACUGAGACCCCUGUGAGCAGCAUCAGCAACAGUCUGGAGAAUGCAUUGCACACAUCAGCACAUUCCACGGAGGAGUCCCUGCCCAAGAGGCCUUUGGGAAAACACGGCAAAGUGAGUGUUGAAAAAAUAGACCUGAAGGGAUUAUCACACACGAAAAAUGACAGAAGUGUUGAGUGCUCUUUUGAGGUCUUAUGGUCUGAUUCUUCAAUAACAUCAGUAACCAAGUCUUCUUCUGAAGUGACUGAAUUUAUUUCAAAGUUAUCCCAGCUCUGCCCUGAAGAGAACUUGGACAAACUCAUUCCUUGCUUGGCUGGCCCAGAUUCCUUCUAUGUGGAGCGCAACCAUGUGGACUUAGAAGCAGGUUUAAGGUAUUUGGCUUCCAUACCUUCUCACACACUGAAACAUGACCAUGUUAGGAAGUUCUUCAGUACUUCAUCUCCCAUCCAACAGCUCCAAAGUCCAAGUCCUGGCAACUCCUCCCUUCCUAAAGUAGGUACCAUGAUGGGAGUAUCGGGAAGGCCUGUGUGUGGAGUGGCUGGCAUCCCAUCCUCGCAGAGCAGCACCCAGCACCAUCUGCAGCACUCGGCCAGUGCAUCUGCUUCCCUGCCCCACUGCUCCCACACAGGGGGUGCAGGCUCAACGCUGGCUUACAGGACCCAAGUGGACAACUCGCCUACCAUCCUGAUGCCCUCUAGUCUGCAGGCUCCUCAGCCCCAGGAGCAAAAUGGGAUUUUAGACUGGCUUAGGAAACUGCGUUUGCACAAAUAUUACCCCGUCUUUAAACAGCUCACCAUGGAAAAGUUUCUGAGCCUUACUGAAGAAGAUCUGAAUAAAUUUGAGUCCCUCACCAUGGGAGCAAAGAAAAAGCUCAAGACUCAGUUGGAGCUGGAAAAGGAGAAGUCAGAGAGACGGUGCCUCAAUUCCUCAGCCCCAUCCUUGGUAACCAGCAGUGGAGUGGCCCGAGUCACCCCCACCAGCCAUGUGGGACCUGUGCAGCCUGGGCGUAGCAGCCAUGCUGCAGAGCUACGGGUGGAGGUGGAGCCACAGACUCACCAGCUGCCCCGAGAGGGCAGCUCCUCUGAGUAUUCCAGUUCCUCCUCCAGCCCCAUGGGUGUGCAGGUGCGAGAGGAGAGUUCAGACAGCGCUGAGGAGAGUGACAGACGUGUGGACAUACAUGUUGAGGGUACUGAUAAGGAGAAGCCUGUGAUGCUGCUGACUCACUUCCCAUCCAGCUCUGCCAGACCCACGGCCCAGGUUCUGCCUGUGCAGAAUGAAGCUGGCUCCAGCCCUGCAGGUCACCAUCCCCUGCCCCCACAGCUGAUGCCUGCAGCUUCUCACCUGGCACCUGUCCGCAUGCUGAACUCGGUGCACAAGUCAGACAGAGGCAGCACAGACGUGAAGCUCCUCUCAUCCUCUGUUCACUCCCUUCUGACCCUGGAAGAAAGGAACAAGGGGCCUGGCCCUAGAAGUGGCACAAAAGUGGACAAGAGCUUUGGUGGAGCUGUGCUGGACACACUGCCCUCAGCGGCACCCCAUCCACAAGUGCAGGUCCUCUCUGGCCUUGUAGAGAACAACUCUGUGUCACCCACGGUCUCCUUUGGUCCCCGGGCCAAAGUCGUACAUGCAGCCACAUUGGACAGGGUGCUGAAGACAGCACAGCAGCCAGCCCUGACUGUAGAGACCAGCUCAGCCGCCACAGGGACACCAAGCACCGUCUUGCAUGUGGCCCGGCCACCCAUCAAGCUGCUGCUGUCCUCCUCCGUCCCUGCUGAUGCUGCCAUCUCUGGGCAGACUUCUUGCCCCAACAAUGGGCAGAUCAGCGUGCCUCCUGCAAUAAUCAACCCCCGGACUGCUCUGUAUACAGCCAACACCAAAGUUGCCUUCUCUGCAGUGAGCAGUGUGCCUGUGGGCCCACUGCAGGGCAGCUUCUGCGCCAACAGCAACACUGCCUCCCCCAGCAGCCACCCCUCCACGUCUUUUGCGAGCAUGGCCACUCUGCCCAGUUGUCCUGCCCCCAGCUCCAGCCCUGCCCUCUCCUCUGUCCCUGAAAGCAGCUUCUACAGUGGCGGUGCUGGCAGCAGCUCCCCAGGAAACAUUCCCGCCUCAAGUCAGAAUCACCACCACCACCAUCACCAUCAGCAGCCCCCCGCACCCCCACAGCCUGCCCCACCCCCACCUGGAUGCAUUGUGUGCACAUCCUGUGGGUGCAGUGGCAGUUGUGGCUCCAGUGGCCUGACUGUCAGCUAUGCCAACUAUUUCCAGCACCCAUUCUCUGGGCCAUCCAUGUUUACCUUCCCUUUCCUACCCUUCAGUCCCAUGUGCAGCAAUGGCUACGUCAGUACCCAGCAGUAUGGUGGUGGCUCUGCCUUCCCUGUUGUACAUGCGCCCUACAGCGGCAGUGUGACUCCGGACCCCGUCCUAGGUGGGCAGUCCACUUUUGCAGUACCACCCAUGCAGAACUUCAUGGCUGGGACAGCAGGGGUGUACCAAACCCAAGGCUUGGUGGGCAGCACCAAUGGCACCAGUCACAAAAAAAGUGGGAAUCUGUCUUGUUACAACUGUGGGGCUACAGGCCACCGUGCUCAGGAUUGCAAGCAACCGUCCAUGGACUUCAACCGGCAAGGAACUUUUAGGUUGAAAUAUGCCCCUCCAGCAGAAAGUCUGGACUCCACGGACUGAUCCUUUUUUUUUUUUUGGCAACAGAACAUUUUAUUAAGCCAUGAAAAAAUCACAUAGAGAACUGAAGUCAAGUUGCUGUGGAGCCACGGAGACCUAAGGAAAAUCACAUAGAAAACUGAAGUCGAGUUGCUGUGGAGCUUAAUAUUUUUAACCCAAAGGUGCUUUACUUUACUAUACUGGAUAGAGAAUCUAGCAUAGAAGUGCGUCAAACUCGAUUUCAUUGCCAAAAUCCUAGUUUGGAGCUUGAUAUAAGGAUUGCCUAGUGGACGUCUCCAUGGCAGUGAUGUGGCCACCACACUAUUGUUGCAGUAUGGAGACCUGUCUCCUGAAGAUCGCUGGUCCUUCUAGGCUCACACAUAAAUUCCAGGGCAGCUAUGCACGGCCUGAGUGAAGACUGCAGGUCGGAGUUCUCUCAAGUGGAGUUCCCCAGUCGGAUCCAAGACCCCUUUGGGCUAGGAAGUGCCAACUGGAUUUUGCCGUUUCCUAGAGUGGGAGCCUCAUGUCUGGCUUCUUAAGGAUUGCACUACCUGACAAGGACCUCUUCAGUCUGGGAGGCAGACUCUUCUGGGACCCAAUAGUGUAGGGGACUCCAUCAGUGGGCAUUGGAGUUGGCACCAGCAGGCUGCUUGGCCUAGUACACCCAGAGGUCACAGGGUGUCCUUCUGCAGACACUUGGAGCAAUUCCAGGUUUUUAAUAUUUUUUUCUGUAAACAAAUUUACACAAUAUUAGUAUAUAAGACAUAGCUCACUCUUGACAACUUCAUUUCUAAGGGUCCAAGUCCCAGGGAAUCCAGUCACCAUGGCUUGAGACCACCCUUCCCAUAGGUGGCUUUGAGCCUGCUCUCUCCAAACAAGAAUCAACUCCUGAGGACAUGGGAAUGACUCGACUUUGUGAGUUAGCUGUGACUGAUGCUCCUCAUUCUUCAGGAAGCUGGCAAGUUGUCACGUCUCAAAUGGCUUCCCCAGGACCCCAGCCCCAGAGCUCACUGCAGAUGAAUUCACACUUGAGACAAACAUUCAACAGUAAUACAGUCCUGUGAUUUAUGAACAAAA